AUGGCUGCCCGUGUUGGCCCCAAAACUCCUAAAUCUUCUUAUAAGGUCCCAGGGGUUGCAACACGACACGUGUCAGGCAACUCGGUCGCCCGUGUUGCACCCCUGACUUCCAUCUCUCUUUAUUCGCCCAUCCUGACACGGCCCGUGUCAGGCGACACAAGUGGCCGUGUCAGGCCUCCUUUAGGUGGAUUUUUUACUUUCUCCGAAACUCUGAGUUUUUGCAUUUUUUUCGCCCUGAAUUGUCCUGUUUUAUUCCUCUGA